GAUCUUGAACAGCAAAUAUCAGCAGAUCGGCAACUGAAAUUCGUCACCAUGCCUCCCAACCAAUACCUCUCGAAGCUCAACCCCAAGCAUCCUGCACACUUCCAAGGUCAAGAAAAACCCUCUUCCAGUCAUCUGCCCAUCGAGAAAGUUUCUUCUGAGCCACAAGCCCAACAAAAUGUCAACAGCCAGUCCCCGACAGACUCGGAGCAGAAAUUGUACAAGCAGGCCCUUCGAGAAACCAUACCUGGUACGGCCAUUCUGGUCAUAAUCGGAGCGUUCGCCCUAUCCCGCUUGCACAACCAACUCCAAGAAGACAAAGCAAACAACAAACUCUGCGAUCUACACAGGAGUGAGCUGCGGAAACUCUUCAUGGGAUUGUUGAUAACGGAGGGAUUGAUGAUCUUGUGUUUUGGUCUUGGAACGGGAUUCAGAGUCCGGAAGGCUUUCUGGAAGGUGAAGGGUAGGGAUCGGACGGUGAAUGAAAAAGCAGCCGAGGUGCUUGCCGUCCUUCUUCCAUUCUAUCUUGGAGCUGUCGUGGGUAUUGUCACUCUGGUGGCUAUAGUGCUGGGGAGAAUCAUGGCUAAGGGCUGGAAUUGUACUUGCUAGGUAGUCAGUCCCCUUUCCUCAGGUAUAAACUCAAAACGCUUUUGACUUAUGGAUUUAGUCUUUUGUGUCGUGCAAUAGGGCAGCUAACUCUUGAGCAAUUGUUACAAAAGCAAAUUUGCUUUGUGGGUAAUCUAUACCAUGGGGUUAGAUCUGGAAUGACGAAUAAAUCCAAGGAUUUGAUGGCUGGAUUCCAGGUCCGGCAUGUAAAUAAAGAUAUUCAUGGCGCAUCAGAGAAUAUUCACGGG